UGGUUUUAAUUACAAGGGUUCUUUCUGCACGUCCUUCCUUCUGCCUAUAAAUCUGCAUGACUUUGCAGAUGUUCGGUCAACAUCAAGCUGAAUCCCUGUGUCUUUUCUCUCUUGCAGUGCAGAGUGUAAUCAGGCCCUACAAGCCCACAGAUAAGUCUGCUAUUGUCUCUCUCUUCCGCUUUGGCAUUCUGGAGCAUGUCUACCCAGCCUUCUUCAAAGCCAUGAGUCAUCCCGACCACAUCGGCGUGACCCUCAGCGUCUCCGUGGCCGGAUAUGUGCUGGGAGGGAGCUCAUGCUUCCAGGCCGUGCUCUUCGGAGGAGCUUGGGCUUGCUUGGUUUACUAUUGCUGCCAUGAGAUUUACGACAGCUACCUCAAGAGGAAGAUGGAACUGGAAAUGGCAGAUAUUCAGGCCAAGUUCUUGGAUAACCAGGUGAAUCAUUUCUGGGUGGCGGAGAUGGAGGUGAACGGGAAGUCGAAGGUGGUCGGGCUGCUGGCUGUAGUUGGUGUGAAGGGCGACGUUUCGAAGGAUGGAUGGAACGCAGACGAUGCAGCGACAGCAGAGGUGUUUCAAUUAAUCGUGUCCUUCAACCAGCGACGUAAAGGUCUGGGAACUCAGCUGGUAGAGACGGCUGUAGAGUUCUGUAAGGAGCAGGGACUUUCUCGAGUGGUCGUAGAGAUCAGCUCCCCACAGACCGCGGCCAUUUCGAUUUUCCGCAAACUGGGUUUUACUGUGACAUCCGUGCACAGCAACACACACCCUAACCGUUUGGUCUCAAAACUGGCCAGGAUCAAUGUAAUACGAAUGGAAAAGCAUCUUUAA